AUGCAUAAAGGCGGAGGUGAAGCAAGAGCCCGAGUUUCCGAGUCGAGCAGAAGUCGUGAAACGCAAGUCUACAGGUCAAAAGGGGAGUUUGUUGUCGAAUACAUUGAAGAGCUAAUCAGCGGGAAGGAAGGGAAAGUGCGCGACUCCCAGAGAGAUCAAAAUCAAAUAGGUGAUCAUUCCUAUUAUUUCAACCACCGUGGUGCAUCGUUCUGCAUUGACGCUGCAGCAGACUCUGAUCGGCUUGGUAAAGAACUGCUCUACGAUUAUGGUGACAGUAGUAAGGAAUCUUUAAAAAGCUUUCCAUGGUUGAAACAUUGA